CAUAGGAAUGCCUUACAAUGUCCUCAUCGGCGUAUUGCAGAGAAGAAGGUAAAGAUAAGAUGAUAUUUACAACAGAAGAAGAAUUAUCAAAACCAAGCACGGCAUUAAUAGAUAUAGAUACAUAUGAAACAGAUGAAAAAGGACCUGUUUUAGACAAUGGGGAAAUAAAUUUCCACUGUACCUGUGCAGGGACUAUGUUCUCUGGACCGUGUAAUAUAGAAAUUAGAGAAUUUUUAACUUGUUCAAAUAAAGAUAAAAGUCCAGAAAAAUGUAUGGAACAAUUUGAAGCCAUGUUUAAUUGUGAAUUAGACUAUCCUGAAAUUUAUGAUAUAAAAGAUAAGUUAGAGGGUGUUGAUGAUAAAGCAAGCAAGACUGUGAAGGAAUUGGAUCCAGAAACAAAGGAAUCUUAAAGUGUUUGAAUUUAUUAUGUAGAUGAUAGAAAUAAAAGUAGCCUGAGCAAAACCAAUAUCUUGGAAACAUGAAAUGACACAGAGCAGUGACAAGAGGAACACCAAAAUAUUUGUUGUCUGUUAACAAUCCAGAUUGAUCACUAGUCUUUAUAAUUUAAUAAUUAAAAAUGACAGUUGAUACUUUGGAAAUAUAUCAUGAGGGCCCUAUCUGAAUUAACCUCAAAUAAUAUAUUACAGAAUUAUAGAAUUACAUUCUCAUCUCGGAACUGCACUGUGGUGAUCGAUGAUUGAGGGUCAAGGAAUUCAAUGGCUUAUGUUUCAAGUGGCUACAGCAGCGGCCAUAAUGAAUAACAAAAUGGCGACCAUAAAAAAACUACAAUUGUCGAUAUAUUUGGUUCUGUGUCAGCUAUAAACCCAUUCUUUGUGUCUAAUUGUACAUUAUUGGGGUCAAGGAAUACAAUUAUCCAGGUUUCAAGUAGCUACAAUUGUCACCAUGUUGAAAGUAAAAAAAAGCAACCAUCAAAAAUCGAUAAGUGUCAAUAUUUCUGGAACUAUGUCGGCUAUAAACCCGUUAUUAAUCAUAAACCCAUUCCUAAUUUUACAUUUUGGUGAUCAAGGAAUGUAAUGAUUUAUGUUUCAAGUAGCUUCAAUAUUAUGAAUUUCAAAUUGGCGACUAUCAAAAAUCUGUAAGUGUCAAUAUGGGAAUUAAAUUAUUUGAAAUGAGCAGAUAAUAUGGAAAUAAAUGAUUUUUUGCA